CCUAUUAGCGCCCUGUUGUCUAAGUGUACGUACGUCGUAUCCCCAAGACUUACUUGACGCUAAGAUAUUGGGACAGAUUUACGUGUGGUCGUGAUCAGCCACAAAAUAGAUUCACAGUUGUCUAAUGGGAAACCAAUAUCUCAGAGUGUUGGCUUCGAACGACUUCCAGAAUCGAUUCGAUCAACGGAGCUCGUUGCUAUUGGCAUUAUGUUUAAUAAGUGGCUCGUUGCGGCCAGUUGCUGCGCGGUCGUAACGGCAAUCGACUCAUCGCUAAUUAAUACGUCUACCUGCGGUAUCUCUACGACGGGGCGUAUCGUCAAUGGCGUUCAAGCGGCUUCCGGAGAACUGCCCUGGGUUGUGAAUAUUCACAUCUAUGUAGCAGGAGGUAUCAAUCGAUGCUCAGGCUCGAUUCUCACCGUUCGCCACGUACUUACGGCCGCCCAUUGUUUAGACAGAUCUACCAAGCACAUUGUUAUCAUGUACGGCAGUAACACCCUGAAUACCAGUCAACGUGUUGACGUUUCAUCUCUCAUUGUACACCCCAAGUUUGACUCAGCUGAGCUCCUUAAUGAUGUAAUGGUGUUAAGGCUUGCACGGGACGUCGUAUAUAGCAGAUUUGUACGCCCUAUUUGUUUGCCUGACGGCAAUCUGCGCCCAAGAAAUCUUGUUCAGAGAGCCGGUCUGGUGGCCGGAUUUGGGGCACUUAUCGAUCCUAAUUACUUGGAGCGUACUAGACAAUCCGCGUCAAAAGCUGACACCAGCAUUCUCAUGAAAACUUCCCUUCGUAUCCUUGACGACCGUGAGUGCUAUAAGCGAUAUCUCGAUGAAGCGACUGGAUCAUCGCACUUCCAUAUUGGUUAUCAAAUGUGUACCUUCGAGUACAACUCAGACACAUGUGUCGGGGACUCAGGCGGAGCUUUGACAGUGAGCGUCGGGGGACGAUUUUAUCAAGUGGGUAUCGUUUCCGGAGGUUUGGAGUGCGCUGGCACUUCUCCUGGAGUAUACGUCAAUGUAUUCAAUUAUGUGGAUUGGAUUGCCAGAGCUGUUAAACAUUUACGUUGAAAA